AUGUGGUAUUACUUUGUUGCUCACUGCGCUUAUCACUUUACCAGAUGGUUUCCAAAAGAUUCCCGAGGAGCAGCGUAAGUUAACUUAAAUUUUGUUAGUUUUUGGUGAAGUCGAAAGCUUAUGAGGACAAAAAUGCAUGGUCAUCUUGGCAAGACAUUGUCCAUUGAACGACUGUUGAGCCCUGAUCCAAUUAAAAGAUUGCUUCCUUUUUUGAUUUGGGUCAGGGCAAACACCUAUUGAAUUUGUUAGGUAUAUGCAGUAACUAUUAGGCAGGGAUCAAACAGUUAGGGGGGUACUUUUAGCUGUGCUUUUCUUUUGUUUUGCAUGAAAGUACAUGUACCUUGGCGGAAGGGUCAUGCUUAUAGUAGCUGCAGGAAAUCCCUGCCCCCCCCUCCCCUCUAACACCCCUCAACAACUUAAGAGAGUAUCAUAUGCGUAUUUUGUAUAAGAGGUACAGAUGGAUAACCAAGCUAUAGUUGCGUGUAUUCAGCAGCCUGUAUUGAUCUCAAACCGCAGCAGGAUUAGCUCAGUCGGUAGCUUGCUUGACUGCAGAGCAGGAGGUCAUGGAUUCGAUUCCCAGGGCCGCACCAAGUCCAAUCUCGACCCAGAGCACUUCUGCGCAUGUAGAGGAGAGAGCUAUCAAGAGCUCUGGAGAUCCCUGGAGCAAGAUUGUCUCUGAUUUGUUUCAGCAAAAAACAAUAAAAGUGUUGCUGAUUGGUCCAUUCAAGUUCGCACGAGAGCGGUUGAAUGUGUGGUGUGUCUGGCUUGUGAGCGGGUUUUUCCUAGAAAUGUUGAAGUAAACAUGACUGGCCGAUUCUUGAUUUCAGUGAUUCCAAAACAACAUUUGCACGACUAAUAAUCAGGCAGAAUUACUGGAUUUUCCAAUUUUCAAAUAAAAUAGCUUAGCUACAUAUCGAAAAUUGAACCAGAAAAAGAUUUGAAUGCGAAAGACUAAAAUAAAAUACACCAACAUCUUUGCCAGCUAUAAUUUAAGAAGCAUAACACAUUACUGGUUUUUCUUUGACUUCCACGUUAUUGUAUUCACACAAAGUAGCCAGUAUGAAUGAAAACUUGAGCUUCUUGUCGUAAAUUGCCUAAAACAGACUUGCAAGGAAAAACAGAAAAAAGUAAAUCGUUCCUAAAAGUGAUGCAUGUACAAUGCGACUAGAUAUUUAUAGUUGUCUUCUUUUCCCAUGAUAUCGCAUUUCAAAGCUGCAGCUUCGCUGAAGUGCUGAUGUUCAUAUAAAUAAAAGGACGCUAAAUUCAUAUUUUGGAAAGUUUUAUUGGAAUUUCGAUACGUUUAUCUUAACAAGCCAUUCGGGUUUCACUUACUGCCUCUUGAAGUAGUCCACAGAAAUAUUUAAUCAACUGUCAAGCAUAUGCAAACUUCAAGUCUCAAAUCUGUGAUUGGGAACGUUUAACAGCUACCACAAGAGCCUUAGAUACCUGAAUAUUCCUCAAGGCCAUUAUAAACUGAAUUUCUUCAGUUCUAAUAUUGAAGCGGCACAAGACUUUCGCGAUGAAGUAGAUAUAAAAGAAACAAAAAGUUUUAGUUGGAUCAAAUAGCAUGUGCUGUGAGGCCCAAAUAGCCAGAUUCUGGCUACUCCGGUGCGCAGAGUUUCCAGAGCUUACACGCACAUUCCCAAACCCGUAAGCACUGGGGUAGAGAAUGCACCAAGUCAGGGUCAUAAAGUAUGUUUUGAGAAAUGAAAGUACUUCUAUUGCCUUGUAAACGGCCCAACCUUUGCAUGGCUUGGAUGACGUACAUUACAAAUCAUGUACAUGUAAAUGGGAGUUCCAUCACUAGAAUGAGACAUUAAAAUAGUGUUCGUCGUCCUAAAUACAUUGACAAAAAAAACGCAUCUUUUUUUUAUGAACUGAUAACAAUAUUCAGUUAGUUUUAGAUGUUGAUUUAUUGCAUAAAUAUCGCAUUGAUAAUUGCAACCUUAUUUUUUCAACAGGAGACUUGCUGUUGUACUUUUUGCCCUUAUGUUCAUUAUACCACAAGUAUAUGUGAUUCAGCUGUAAGUAUUGACUACUUAAUUUAUACAUAAUUUACAGUAACAUAAUCUUUUAGUAUAGUAGGACAAUGGGUGGAAAGAGCUGUUAACCAGUAGAAGUAUUCUCUUCUUUGAUGCACAAAAUUAAUGUAAAACCAGCUGGAAGACACAAAAUGGCCAAUUGAAGUAAAAGCAAGCCAGGUUAACAGGCUCUAUUUAUCAAUUUAGAAACAAGAAGAAAACUGAGCGAAGUUAACUAUCACAAUGACUUCUGAGACUGAUACUAGGGACAGGGAAAAAACUUUGGUCAAAAACUUUGUAGCUGACAAGCACGCCCUCAGUAGCGAUCCCAGAAACAAUAAUUAAUAUUAUUGUGGCAGGUAUUUCAGCUCCGGUUUCCUUCUUGUUCUAAAGUGGCAAAUUUUGAGUGAUCAUAACUUUUUUUUACUGUUGUUUAACUUGUUAAAUAAAUCCAGUACACAUCCAUGAGAGCUCAAAAUUUGAGACACAAAAUAAUAAUCAAAAUCGCGUGUAAAAUGGAAGAAAUAUCAACCUGCAAAUAACAGCUGGUCUUACUCAAAUAUACCUAAUGUCAGAUGAUAAUUAUCAUUCCUGUAGCUUUGUAUUCAUGUCAAAAUAGUAAGACAACCAUUUGCAAUCUGAAGGUUUCUAAUAGUAAUCAUGGAACAGUCAUUGACUCUGUUGACCCUUUCUCAAAUCUCAAAUCUCAAAUCUCAAAUCUUUAUUUUAACACAGUAAAAAUUCAUCAGGUUUUUUGUUACAUAUAAAGUAUAACUACAUAACAAUAUUUAAUAAUAAUAAAUACAUAUCUAAAGAGUCUCUUUAUAAAAAUACUACUCAAAAUUACACUAAACUAUACCUGUUUUCCAUGAAUACCGUGUAUCUAACUUAAUUAUAACUAAAAUGAAAGUUUAACAAUUGCUUAAAACGAUUUAGAGAUUUCUCUUGCCUAAGAUUGCAGGGCAGACUGUUCCAGAGAGUUGCACCUCUAUAGCUAAAGCUCCUUUUUAGGUAGUUGGUUAAAGUCUUUAAAGGUCAAAUGAACCAAAAAAUUGAAACAUUUUUUUUUGUCACUUUACCUUCACCAAACACUAAAAAGAACCAUCCUAAGUGAGAUGUGGGUAAAGAUUUUUCUUCCCAAGCCUUUAUAGAAAGAUAAAAGAUCAAAAUCCGAGCAUUUCAGAAAACUUCACGAAAACGUUUCUGAAAUGGCCGCGUGAUAGACUGGAGACUACGUGACGUCAAUGUUGGUCUUUCAGGACGGAAAAACGUUCUGCGCAAGCUUCUGCGCAUCCCUUAUCGCCUGCGUUUGUUUGUCUCGUUCUGUGAGAGUUCUGACUGAGACUGAAUGAAAUACACGAGGUGCGAAAGUUUGCUCCUUUUAAAGGCUUUUUUUUUGUUUUUGUUGUUGUUGUUGUUGUUUUUUCGUCACUUGAAAAUUACUUUGGAUUCAGAACAACCAAUGUUAAAAACAGAUCAUCCAUCAGUCUGAGGAGGAAUAAAACAAUUUGAACAUUUCCAAAGAGGUUUGUAUUUUUCUGAUAAUAGGCCACUUGCACUAAGAGGUCACGUGACCAAUACUUCCCUUAAACGAUUAGUUGGAAUCCUGCUGAUGCCAAAAAUUGACAGAGCACAUAAAAAUUAUCUUACAUGCGAAAUUUGAGAGAAAAAACCAUUUAAGGGAGAUAUUUUAUGGCACUUUGAUUUUUCAACAAAGUAGUAUGAUUUGUAUUGGCCGCCAUGUUGGAGGGCAUACUCUUGCCCUCCAACAUGGCGGCCAGAACUGCUUUUUGCUUACAUCUUCUUAAACUUUUGAUAGUUAUGUUCAGAUGUGCUACAAACGUUACCACAUCAUUUUUCAACAUUUUCCGUGGAAGUUUAAGUGCAAAAUUUGUGUUCAGAAAGAAGUGAUUUGUAAUUUUCAAAAUCACAUUUUGGUCACGUGACCAGCUACAAACUUACUCAUUUUAUCACAACGGUGCAGGUUUGAAAAACCAAAUCAGUAUUAUUUUGUUUAGAAUAUGACCCACUAAUCAUUUUUUGAAGGCAAAAUUAUAUAACUUUCAUCUUCAUAAAAUGAUGUCACAUGACCUCUUAGUGCAAAUGGCCCAUUGUGCAUUCGAUUUGUGAAUUGAUUUUGUGUCCAGUUCUUCACCUUCUUUCGCCGGACUGAAUUAAAACCCGCUUGUAUUCUGUUAUUAGUAGUUACGGUUAGUUUUUUUACAUGGCCAGAUUUAUUUACCUUUGCAGAACGGGCUUUAUCCUCGUCUUAUGUCAAAGAACCGUAAUGCUAACGCUUGGGAGUGAACAAACUUGGGCGCUUAAAACUUCCUCGGAACUUUAGAAGGCUAGCAAGCUUACUCGAGAAGAAAAGACUACUUCGAUAAUUUUUCUGUUGCUCAAGUAAUAAUAGUCAGAGUUUUUUUCCUUUAGUUUUUUCAGUUUUAAUUACAUAGUUUUGUUAUCUUUCUGUACGCAAAUUUUCCUUUCACUCGCUGUGAAGUAGCGCGGAGAACGACAACUGCCGGCAGUGACUCCAAAACAAUCGACUCUUUGCCCGUAAACAGUUGCUGGAGCUGGAUUUGACUGAAGCGAGCAAAAGAAAUCCUUAUGUGCAGUUUUCUGUAUUUUCUGAUUUAGUUUGCUGAGUUUAAUUUGCUUGAAUGAAGACCCUCGCAUGGACCAGUUAUUAAAAGUAGCUAAUCUAGCUAAGUAGUCGGAAUCAUGGCUUGGCUGCGAAGCUUGCAACUGAUCUUUUGCUAUUAAGAUCUUUAGGUAGGUUGUUUCCGUACAGAAAACUCACUUCUUCUUUGUCAGCAGGUAUAGGAGCCUUAAGCCUUAUGUUUUUUAAUGAAAAUUUGUUGUUUUGCAAUCUUAUUGAAGCUUUUUUUAGUUCACUUAAGCUGAAUUUUAUGCAUGAUGGAAUUGUUCUUUGCUUGUCGCAUCUCUUUGCCAGCUUAAAGUGGCGUCUUUGGUCGUUAAAGUGACCUCAAUCGGUAAUUAAAUCUUAUACAUAAUUGGAAAGAAGUUUUUGCAAUAAUGUAACUUUAACUUUUUUUGAAGGAAAUCUUACUUUAAUACGCGUAGGUUUUUAACAGGUGUUAUGCAUGUUCAACUUGACAACACAAAGCAAAAUUAAUCUGCCCGAAACGAUCAAGUUUAAAAAACUAUGGUUGCUUUGAAAAUGAUCUUGGGGAAGAUGUACUAGAUAAAGAUUAACUCUUUUUCCGCCCAUAUAUCAACGCCAAAACUUGUACGUUGAGGAUUUUGUUUAUAUUUUUAUAGUGAUCUGCGAAGCUAGAAGUGUCCGAUCGAGCGUGGGUUUUAAAAUAUCAGCACGAGUGCAACAAAGUUCAGGGACUUCAAACACAUUGUGGGCAAACUUGAAUUUCUUUGGGCAGAUUAUUAUACAAAGUUAUUUUGUUUUUGUGUUCACGGUGGAGCUCCGGACCCUAAUCAGACUUACACAAGCACAUUUCCAGUACAACUCAAGGAAAUUAGUAAAUGUCGUUAAAGUCCGUUUUACUAUGAUGUAUUCUUCAAAAAAAUUAAAUAAUAAGAAGAUUAUAACCAUAGCUUGCAACUUUUGAAGACAAAUUGCCUGUUAUUUCCAGGUUUAUGGCCGCACAAACCACUUCCAUGCCAAGUCGACUCGAAAAACUGUUUUGAAUUUCCCGCUUUUUUUCACCUGACCAACAUUGACGUCGCAAGCUGUUUUUUCCGACAAUAAUAUUUUUCCAACCGCUCUACGAAGAUAAGGGCCAAAAAACAGCAAUUUUUAAUUGCGAAUAUCUCGUAGACACUUGCUUCAAUUGAGCUGAAACUUCAUAGUAUGUUUAUUUGGUUCACUUUUCACUGGAAUUGAACUAAAAUAAAAAAGGUCGAAAUUUUGGUUCAUUUGACCUUGAAGUCCCAAUAGUGACCAACAUCAAUUUUCUCCUAACAACAUCCAUACAUAGUCAAGAGGGAGGAUUAUGAGAAUGAAUUAAAUGAUCACCAAAGAGAAAAUGCCUUGAUUUUUUAUUAAAUUCUCUCACCUAAUUCUUAAAGGAAAUUUAUGGAGAUCAGUGUUUGGAGAAUUUGUUUGUGGAUAUUGGGGCUUGAGGGGUUAAUGCGGACAUUGAAUGGGUCAUAGAAAGUGUCCAAUAAAAUUAAUUUUGUUAUUAACCUAGUUUGCUUCUCAAUUUCCUUUGUCUCCAAUUCCUAGUUCAUGAAUAAUUUUAGGGCUAGGAGACAAAGGAAAUUAAGAAUCACCCUGGGUUAAAAAUUUUUUACCUGAAUUUAAUUUUGACCUGUAAAAGAUCUUUCCAUAGGUAACCUUCUAUUAAACCUUAAUUCCUUUUCAUGGUAUGUUAAGACUCCCUUAGCCUGCAUCGCAGACAUACAUGUAACCUAACCGUGGUCAGUAACGUCUGCAAAGCAGUGCUGAUAUCCUUAUUUUGGGCCCACAACUGAGUCAAUUAACUUCUGAACAUUUGUUUCAAUUUUUCCUUCAACCUAAUUGGCAGAUCAAUUAUGACAUGCAAAUCAUGACACCCCUGGUACACUUUUGAAGGCCCAGAACAAGGAUAUUGAUGCUGUUUUGCAGGCAGAAUUAACCAGAAGUUUAGUUCUGUCUUUGAUGUGGGCUGCGAACUGCCAGUGACUUGAGCAGGUACAAAAACUCCUCGGUUUUUGAGGGGUGUAUUUUUACCCUUCAAAUGCCCAUAUCUGCCCAUGAGGAUCCCCAUCCCUUGUACUACUUGUGAUGUCAUUGGUUUGAAUGGUCAUAGACUAUUUUGACACCUACAACUCGAGCAGGAAAAAGAAAUCUUUCAUGAGCAUGAAUCAGGCAAACAGGCCAGAGAAAAAAUGUAAAAUGAACAUCUAAGAUUGACCAGAAAAUUGACUACUUACCCAUACACAUACCGUGCACUUUCUACUAAUACUUAUGAUUUUUGUUGAAACUUUUUCACCUGAGUGGGAGCCUAGUAAUAAUUUAUUGCCCAGCCCAACCCCCCCAAAAAAAAAUGAGGAAAGAAUUGCAAAAGAACUGGGAAGGAGAACUAAGUGAAAUGUAAAAGUAUCAACAUUUUGCCUUCUGGCCGUGCCUGAACUUCAGAAGCUGAUAUUUAGCGUCAGGAAGUGCUUGACUUAUAAACAGUGCAGUGCUUUGGGCUGUUUUGGUUCAUUUUGGCCAGUUAAUGAGCAGAAAAUGGAUCAACUACCUGUGGCCAAUAAGCUGGGGCCAACACGUUUUAAAGCGAAAUUACUACAUUACUUACUUGUGCUUUUUAUUUUAUUUGCUGUAGGCCUCCAAGCUCUCGGACCUGUGAUGAACCUUUGCUCAACAUCUCAGUUGCAGGUGUUGUUUUUACAUUCGCUAUGAUAGGUACAGUGUACUUACUGCAUCUGGUGUUCCGUUAACUACGUACCAGUAAUUUUUAAAAACAAUGUGCAGGUCCAGAUCAUAUCCAUAACUUCCAGUUAAGACCCCACACACCUUUUGAAAUUCCAAUAAUUACAGCUAAACUUCAUCCAUUCCUUGGUGAGGGGGGAGCCCAGGGCUGUCAAAAAGUUUUUAAGUAGUAGGCUGAUAAUGUGUACUAGGUGGCUUUGGAACUUGCACCAAAGGCGCAAGUUCUUGAAGGCUGCGGCAUCAAGAGUCAUUUUGAAAUUUAGAGUCUCAGAAAUGGUGUUUCCAGGGGUUUUCAAGAGGUAUUUUCCAUCGCAGAUGCCAUCAAUGAGGUCAAGGAUAAAUUGAAGGUCUUCAUACAAAAUCGUCCUUGUGAUAUGCAAAAUUUUGACCUGUGACCAUUAAUUUGCAGUAAGGUUCAACAUAUGUGCAAAAACACAUCUUCUUUCCUGGCAGUUUCUUUUGUAGUGCUAACGUCCAACAUGACACUGAGUUUCUUUCACCAAACAAUGAAUUUUUUUCAGCUAAUAAUAUGUCUCUGGUUAUAUUGAUCUGUGGCUACUACAUGUAGUAGCUCAGGGCUUGACAGUGGUCUAAACAUUCCCUUUCCAAUUGAAAUUUACAGACAACAAGAAAUUAUUCUAAACUGCCUACAAAUUGGCACAAAAAAAUUUCUUGUAGCAUGACUAUGACUUUUAUUGUGGAUUUGCUUUUGUACUUUGACUUUUUGCUUGCUUAUUUUGCAUGUGCUGCAAAAUAUCUCACUAAAAGUGAGAUUAGUUGAUUAUCGCUCACCACUUCAUUACAUCCCGUCCUUUGUGCUAUAUCCUGGAAGCUACCGUGUGGCACAAAAUUUUUGAGGGUUAUAAUUUUUGCGAUUCUUCCAGCGAUCUGCAGAAAUAAGUUCCCACAAAUUAAAAUUACCACAAACAUUUUUCCUGCUAAAAUUUACUCCAGAGUAAAUAUUCUCUAACUUAAAUUCGCUACACAAAAGUACAGUACUAAGAAAUCAUGUCUGUUCAAUCACAACUUGUCUCUUUCAUUCACAAACAAUGAAAUAAUGGUUUAUUGCUUGAAAAUAUGUAUUUCUAUCACACAUACUCAAUAAAAGUGAAAAUAUCAUCAAUGCUAUCUUCUGAGUACUUUCUAAAAAUUGUAAAAAUUAAUUCUCAGCAAGAAAAAUCAAUCUGUCCUAAUCGCGAAAAUUAGUUCCUGCAAAAGACAAAAAAUCGCUAAUUUUGUGCCACAUGGUAGUUGCAGCACCCCCUCCUCUUUAAUCCCCUCUGGUUUCAAUGUUGAAGAGUGCAUGCAGCUUUCUGAAGUGAAGUGCAACCCAACUAAACACCUUGUUUAAUCACAACAUGCACAUGACAUGCCAUUCUACAAAAUACACUAUCCAUUGUUAUUUUCAUUUGACCUUACUCAACAAAGAACAACAUCGUCUGGGGGAGAGGGGUGGGGGCUGCUUUUCCCUUGGGGAGGGGGAAGGGGGUAGUCAUAGCCUGUGUUUUUGCUUAUAUUAUACAUGUACAUAAAUACUGUACCAUGAACUUGUGCAGCAACAUGUGGAGUCAAUGCAGAUCCAUUUUUAUUUUUACUCUCAGGUUUUACAUUUUUAUUCGCAAUCAUGGAACCUGUGCCAUGGCAGCUUAAGAUUGCAUUUCAUUUCUUUGUCUUUGGAUCCCUCAUUCUUGGCAUGGUACUGUUUGCAUCAACAUUUGCCUCUGAAUUAUGUGUGAGUGUUUUCUUCUUGUUGUUUUUUAUGGGAACCUUAGAGUUAAAAAGUACAGUUUGACUCCCGAUAACUCAAACCUUCUAGGGAGACCAAAAAAAGUUUGAGUGAUCAGGAACUCGAGUGCGAGGCAAAUAACUGGAAAUAGGGAAAGAAGCAAAUGGAUGGGGAGGGAAUACAAGUAUCAUGCACUCUCUACUUCAAAGGCAGCAUUGGAUGACAUAAAAAUUGUUAUUUCUAAAAAGGAAUUAAGCAACAAAUCUUGAUUAAGAUAGAGGGAUGGACAAAGAAUUGACAUGGUUGUUUUGAAAUAAAAGAGAGAUAAAGCAUUGUGUUUACAGCAACCGGCAAACAUAAGAUUCAAGUUGUAAAAUUUUCAGAUAUGGAAAGAAUUAGUGUGAACCUAUGGAUUUUCGUGUAGUUAUAAUGAACUGUAAAUGAUAAGUAAUAAUUAUGGAAAACUUUGUCACAUGGUACAAAUUCACGUUUGCAGUAUAAAUGCGAUGUUUAAUCUCUCUAAAUUCAAUGUUUCAGACUUCAGUACAAUGUUUUUUUUUCCAACUUUUUAUGCGCUUGAAGCAUGGUUCGGGUUAUCAAGGGUAAAAUUAUGUAGAAAUGACCUGAAAGGAAACAAAAAUUACUUCGAGUUUGCGGGAGGUUCUGGUUAUCAUGGGUAAAAUUACAGUAAAUGUGUAAAGGAAAUCCAAGAGAAAUCAACUUUAGUUCGAGUUAGCACGAGGUUUGAGUUAUCAGGAGUCAACUGUAUGCCAAGUGCAUUUGUUAAGUUAUAUAAGCAUGCAGGAAGUGGGAACAUCCUCACAAUCCCAGGUGUUCUCAAUAGUUGCCAAUAAACUGGAGUUUAUUAAAUUUGGUUCUCCCUGCAAGGUUUACAUAACAAAAUCCCCAGAAAAACCCUGAAGGAUCUUGAUAGUAGAAGGAAAGUGGCCCAAUGCAAUUUAAUAGUAAUACCAAAGCAAAUCCUACAAAUUUAGGCCCCAACUCCCCAAGAAAGGAAAAAAACUGGAUCACAAUCCAUUCAAAAACACCCAGGCUCCAUUCUCCAACCCAAACACACAGGGUGCAAAGAAAAUCAUUUUUACAGCUUGUCAUUCGGGCAAGCUGAAUCUAGCAUUUACUAGCCCACAAGUCAUUUCAACUAGCCCCACAGCAAAAGUUUUUUGAUGAGCAGAAUUGAUUUCACAGUUCUUCUGUUAUUCAGAUUCCUCCAAAAACAUCACUUGCCCAGUGGGCAAGUUAAAAACGGAAUUCACUAGCCAGAUAGCAAAAUCCACUAGCCCCGGGCUAUCGGACACUACUUUCUUUACACGCUGCAUGAACACAGCGCCUCAGGUAGUGCAAACUUUCAGUCACAUGGCCUACUGCUAACAUAUCCUGACAUUGCAGUGAGGUACACUAUUAAAGUCACUGUGAAUAAUUCUCCUUUGUUCUUUCUCUUGUUUAGCAAGGAUAUGCUCCUGAGUUGUACUAUUUAUGUCUGUCAUUUGGGAUAUUUGCUCUUCUUACAACAGGUAGGUUUGACACACGUGUUAAGCUUCUAUCUCAUUAGGCAAAUAGUCUAAAGAAAAACCUGGUACAUGGAGAUGUUGUACAUUGUACCAAUGUAUGAUUAAAUUUUAGUGAUGAGUUUAACUUGUUGCAGUGCUCGAAUUUGUUAAAGAUUGUGUAGUUGCUGUUUUGUGACACGUAUAGGAGACACCAAGGCCACUGGUUGGGUUAAUCAGCUUACAUUGUGUAAAUUGUGGUCUGUAAUUAUUGUAACAGUGGCAUACUAGGUGGUCUUAGGGAAAAAUUUACUUUUUUGAAAUCUUGGCUGAGAGAUAAAAGAAGCGUGGUGGAGUUAGAAAAAAAUACUAUUUUCAAAGCUCUUGAUCUCACCCGUCUCCAUAUCAAGUUUAAUGGCCACCUCAGGCCCGGUCAGCCAUAUUCAAACCAGUUUGUUUGAAGAAGAAACAUAAAAUGUAUUAUUGACCAAAGUCUAGAGAUCAAGAUGGUUGAAUAUUGGCCAAGGUUUUUGCUCUCCGUUUUUAUGGACCAACGUUGAGGUCUUAUAAAAAAUGCAGAAAAACAGCAAGGCCAACAUCCUGUCAUUUUGAUGUCAUGCUUGGUCAAUUAAGCAUAUUUAUUAUAUGGCUAAAUCCCAAGCGCGCAAGGUAAAGUGAAUCUUGUGUUUUGAUUGGAUACCAAGCAGGCAAGGAAGGCUUGUCUUAUUUGCGUAUCUCCUCGGAAUUUCUCGCUUUAUUUGCGCAAGAAAAUAUCUUUCUGUGUCCUUUUUGGCCGUAUAAUAUAGUCUUUACAGAGAGGAGAAGUCGUUACGUCACGUUCCCAUGGUAGCAAAAUUUUUGGAUGACAACAAAGCGAAAAUUCACUUAAACAGUAAAUUCGCACUGUUUCAAACUUCAUCGAUCUUAUUCAAUUUCAUUUAAGUUGCCAAAUGUUGGGGAAAUUUUUUGGGUUAAAUCCGAAAGGACCGUAUCAAAGUUUAGAAAAAGAAAAGGAAACUUUUUGUGUUGUGCUCACCUACUCCAUAAAUCGGGCGCGUGAAAUAGGACGUUUCAUGUCGCAGUCGGGGAAAAACGGCUAAGAAAUGUACAGAAAAGCGUGAUGCACGUGCAAAGUUGAUUUUUUGCCAAUCUAAACCUAUUGUUUUUUUUUUUUGCUGUUCGCCGUCGCCGUUGCAAAACUCCCUAUUGUUGUCAUCCAGAAAUUUUGCUACCAUGGUAACGUGACGUUACACUUCUCCUCUCUAUAGACCAAGCUUACUCAGUCAAGGUGGCUCUAUAUUGGCCUCUUUCUUUUUUUGCGUAUUUUUUGGCGUCGGUUUUGUGUCUCAAAAACGCAAACGCAAAAAAAGAACUUACCCAAUAUCAAUCUUGCCCUCACUCUUAGUCAAUAAGGCAUAUAUACACCUAAUUGCAAUAACGUUCUACAGCAAUCAGGGAUUUCAGACUAAGGAAUGAAACAGAAAACAUCAGUGGCCAUUUAAGCCUUGCUUAACUCAACUGAUGUCAGAUUAAAGUACUGCAAAUGUGUUUACAGGAUUAUCAAAUUGUCAAAAGGUCUUUUGCAAGGCUACACUGUAAUUAAUUCCUAUUUGUCUAUUUUUAUUUGUCUUUUACUUUUUUUAUAACAACGUUAAUGCAGUUAGGUGUAUGUUGUGGUUCAAUUUUAUCUUUGGUUUUAAUUUUAUGUUCUUUUGUUUUUGGGUAUGAUAAUGUAUGAUAAUGAAUUUGUUUGAAACAAAGGAAAAUAAAUUUUACACCAAGGAUAAAAUUGAACCACAACACAUAUAAAGACCCUUCUUGGCCGCUUGGAAAGCCAAUCAGAACACAGGAUUUGCUUCAACGUAUAGAUGCCAACAGUCCACAAGUGAAAAAUGUGAGGACAUAAUAAUUUGUCGUCCCUGCCGCGUACACUUCCUCGCAUAAACUUUCGGUUGUUUGUCUCCCACCUUGGUUAAUAAGUCGUGUAAAGAACGUAACUGAAAAAUACAAAUUGUGAUUACCGUUAAGCGAAGUUAAUCUCUCUCUCAUGAAAGCACGGCCUUUUUUACUGCGUGGUUUGUUCGUCAGAAAGUCCAAGGGCCUCCUACCCCAAAUCGAUCGCCUCUUUUUAUUACCGCUUUAACAAUCGCGUAUCACGAGAUUUGAGAUUUUACGGGUUUAAAAGGUGAAAGUGAAGCAUAUGGAUAAAUAGAUAUCGCAUUUGUGCACACACUUUAGGCUAGCCGGAUCCCAGUAUCCUAGUCUACGUUAAAGGCGUUCGAAGGCGAAUAGAAAAGUAGAAGUUCGGGUGCACGUGGAAGUAGGAAGGGAUUCCCCUUCUCUAACCCCCCCACCCCCCACUUUUCCCUCGCGCACCCGCACUUAGGCAUGCGGUUUUGCAGUAAGUGUGUUAUGCUCUUCAUCGCUAGUCUCCUUCGCAGCCGUUUUUGGGGUCGUCACGCAACACUCUUCCCUACUGGUGGGGAGGAGCGUUGUGUGACGACCCUAAUAACGGCUGCGAAGAAGACUACUUCAUUGUUGCCCAUUAUAAACUGUACUCAAUACAAAAAUUCUGUUGUUUUACAGGAUUUCUAGUCAUCAUGCUCCCGUCUUGGUUGAUGAACUAUCUGUGGCCAGAUUCUGUUCUCAACCGACGUGAACGGCGAGGAAUUUGCUAUGAGCCUGUAAAGUGCUGCACUUGCCUUUGGCAUAUUUAG